CGUCUGGUUGACGACAAGGUGGUCUAAAAUUUAUAUGCAAGAAAAGUCUUCCAUGCUCUGAAGAAAAGAUACAUAUGGUAUACAACCUUCCCCCAGUUGCUAUGCAAAUCACUCUCUCCCACCUCAUGGGUUCAACGAACAGAACUGUAUUAGCUAGCAGGCAGCUGUUGUUGCUGAUGGCGUGGAGCCUAGCACCCACUGCCAUGAACAUCAAGGUGGCAUCUGCAACCCCUCCUUCUGCCGCUAGCCUUGCGCACUGCCCCAAAACCUGUGGUGAUGUGAGCAUCUGGUACCCCUUCGGCGUUGGGCCAGGCUGCUUCCGGCAAGGCUUCGAGCUCAUCUGUGACACCGCCACUCAGCCUCACAAGCUCUUCCUUGGGAACACCACCACCCAGGUGACCAGCCUCUUCCCUUCAGGAACUGUCCUUGCAUCAGUCAUGUACACCAUCCCCCCCAUGGCGCUGGGCACUGGCACCUACAACCUGUCCUGGGAGUCUCCAGGAAGGAACCUUAACAUCGUGACCUACAAUUACCUGGCGUUUCUUGGCUGUGGCGUCGGGGUCUAUCUAUUCCACCCUGACACUGGUGGCCUUGUCGGCCAUUGCACGGUCAAGUGUGCCUCCGUGGCGAGCAUGACCGUGGCAACUGAAGGGGGGAUCUGCAAUGGCAUGGGCUGCUGCACCGUCACUUUCCCCGUGUUGUUUCGACGGUUUAAGGUGACCAUCAUCAAGAACAACGAGACGGUACCACAGCCAUUCGCCAAUAUAACCAUCAAGGCCUUCUUGACAUUCCGCUCGUAUAAGUUUAGUAUUGCGGAUCUGUUGUCUGACAAGAUAAAUGCGAGCACUGUUGGUGCUUCCUCUGCAUACCUCUCGACUGUAAUCACGGACAAACCCAAUUGUGCAAGAGCAUUGUCCGAUGAUAACACACAGUAUGCCUGCGGCAGUAGCGACUGUGUGGAUGUGCCAAAUGGAGGCUACUCAUGUACCUGCUCUGGCAGUUCCGACGAUGGCAAUCCAUACCUUCCUGAUGAUUGCAAACAAGAGUAUAACCCUACCCCCAAACUGAAUUGUUCAAGAUCAUGUGGUAGCAUGAACAUUCCUUUCCCUUUUGGGAUUGAACCAGGCUGUUAUGCUACAAGGAGAUUUCAACUAAAUUGUGCAUCCAAUCGCACUCUUAUUGGCAGACCACCUGCAAAAUAUGAAGUGACAAAUAUUUCAUUAGAUGAUGGACUCCUGUAUGUUAAUAAGCUUUCUGAGUUUGAAGAUGCUAAUACGAAAUAUCUAUCAGUAUACUAUGGUGGCUCUGUAUAUUUUAGUCAGCAACUAGUAUAUGGGUUGGAUAAGUCUGAUUUAUCUGAGGAGUUUGCUGUGUGGAGGUGGUCUGCGACCAAUCUUACAUGUGAAAAUGCAAAAAGCGGCAGUGCAUAUGCAUGCCGUAGCACACAUAGUGAGUGCCUUGGUGUCACAAAUGGGAAACUCUACAUUGGUUAUCGUUGCAAGUGCUCUCUUGGCUUUGAAGGAAAUCCUUACGUCCAAAGUGGAUGCAUAGAUAUUGAUGAGUGUCUGAUACCCAAUAACUGUAAUGGGAUAUGCUAUAACCUGAAGGGAAGCUUUCGUUGUUGCCCUCAUGACACGUAUUUUGAUCUGAUAGGAAAACAAUGCACUCCCAAUAAGCGGCAAAAUCUUAUUUUGGGAGUUGCUACUGGGAUUGGCAGUGGUUUUGGUGUUCUAGCUAUUGCACUGAGUACAAUUGUAGUAGUGAGAAGAUGGAAAAGAGACACUCAAAAGAAAAUCCGAAGAGCAUUCUUCAGAAAAAACAAAGGCCUACUCCUGGAGCAGCUAAUCUUAUCCACAAGUGAAAGUGUUACCCACACCACAAGGAUAUUUUCUUUGGAAGAGCUAGAAAAGGCAACCAACAACUUUGAUCUAACACGCAUUCUCGGGCACGGAGGCCAUGGCACCGUCUACAAGGGGAUUUUAUCCGACCAAAGAGUGGUGGCUAUCAAGAAGUCCAAGAUUGUUGAGCAGAGUGAAAUAGACCAGUUUGUCAACGAGGUUUCCAUCCUGUCCCAGAUCAUCCAUCGCAACGUCGUGAAACUCUUUGGGUGCUGCCUUGAGUCUGAGGUGCCGCUUCUUGUGUACGAGUUCAUCUCUAAUGGCACACUACAUGACCUCCUCCAUGGUGAUCCGGGUGCCAAAUGCUCGUUGACUUGGGACGACCGUAUCAGAAUUGCUCUGGAGGCUGCAGGGGCGCUUGCUUACCUCCACUCGUCUGCUGCAAUGCCUAUCUUUCACAGAGAUGUGAAGUCAGCCAACAUACUCUUGGAUGACACUUUCACCGCGAAGGUUUCGGACUUUGGUGCCUCCAGGUCCAUUUCCAUUGAUCAGACUCAUGUGGUUACAAUCGUGCAGGGGACAUUCGGGUACCUCGAUCCAGAAUAUUACUACACUGCAUGCUACACUGGACAGCUAACCGAGAAGAGCGACGUCUACAGUUUUGGUGUGAUACUUGUCGAGCUACUAACAAGGAAGAAGCCAAUUUUCCUCAACUGUCUUGGUGAUAAACAGAACUUGGGUCAUUACUUCCUUCGAGGGCUAAGAGAUGACACUGUCAUGGAUAUAAUUGAUCCUCAAGUUGUGUAUGAGUCUAGCCAAAGCGAGAUUGAUGAGAUCGUAUCGGUUGCGGAGACGUGCUUAAGGAAUAAAGGAGAACAGAGACCUAAGAUGAAAGAAGUGGAGUUGAGGCUGCAGCUGCUGAGAGCUAGGAGACCUCCUAGAACACACAACGAGGAGUCGCAAUGGGACAGCGAGGCCAAGCCUCUGUUACCUCCAACGAAGUCCAAGUCUACGUCUCUGGUCAUGGAAAAGAAUGUUGAGCUUGGCAUUGUCGCUAAUCCGGCGUCGCAGGCUCUGUCUAGGUGCUAUACCAUGGAGCAGGAAAUGAUAUCUUCAUCUGAAUUUCCCCGUUAGAUGUAGGUUUUGUUAAACCAAACUCACCGAGUGUUUUGUUUUAUUAUGUAAAUACAAUACCUUGUUGCUUUUAGUACUCGCUCCAUAAUGCAUCACAGAUUCAGUCUCUGUAACUAGUGACCAAGGGGUGGAUAGUGUCAAAAUGUGUACCCGAGAUUCAGUAUAAGAAUGUGUUCAGGAUGUUCAUUGUAAGAAUGUGUACACGAUGUUCAGUGAAAGAAACACGUGGUUGUCUUGUUUA